AUGGCCGAAACCAUUCUAGCUAUCAUGGCUGACAAUGACGGAGGCCUCGACAAGGAUUUCCCAGUGCCCGAAGAUCCCGGCGAUGAAGUAGCGAGGCAUCCUGAUAGCGACAGUAGCUCUACUGAUGAAGGGGACGAAAGCGACAAGCCUAAACCGCUCCCCUUACAUGAGAAGCUCCUGGAAAUAGCAGAGGCUGAAGAGGAAUCUAAGGCAGCCCUUUCCGCAGAGUUCAAUUUUUUACUCGUCGAAAGUCGGUCUGAGAUCAAUACGCGAGACUCAACCGACGCAACAGCCCUCCACGUCGCGAUUGAGCAUGGUCUCGAAGCUGAAGCUCAAAAACUCAUCGAGAAUGGAGCGGACACCGGUAUGAGCGACAGCGACGGGAAACAAGUUCUCCACCUGGCUUGUAGAGGGGGCUUGACUGAGCUAGUCACAUUCCUACUUGGUCAGAGCCCAAACGUCAACACUACAUCAAAGAAUGGCGACACUCCACUCGCUGCGGCGUGUCGAAAUGGCCAUGCAAACAUCGUUAAUCUCCUUCUCGACAUGAAAGCGAACGUUAAGACAGCUGAUGAGGAAAUGUGGACUCCACUACACUGGGCUAGCUGGGAAAAUCAUGUUGAAAUCGUGAAGCGUCUUCUUGAUGAGGACACGGAUAUCGAUGCCACUGAGGGGAACGAAAACUGGACUCCGCUCAAUGCAGCUGCUUAUCGUGGCCACGAAGAAGUCGUUUCUCUUCUCCUUAGAAAGAGCGCCGACCUCUCCAUUCCGGACUCAUCAAAUUGGACUCCCUUGAUGACAGCGACGAGAAUGCAACAUCCCGAAAUUGCCAGGACAAUCCUUCGCUACAAGGAAUCAUCUAAAAAGGAUUUUCUUGAGAUACGUGAUGAUGGAAACAACACCCCUUUAAGCGUCGCCAGCUACUAUGGGUAUAAUGACAUUGCAUCUCAACUAAUCGACGCUGGCGCAGAUUGCAACGCUACAGACAAUGAUGGUAUGACUCCAUUGCAUUCCGCCAGUUUUCAAAACCAUUACCAGAUCACUACUCUUUUGUUAUCCAAAGCCUCGGAAUUUGGCAUCGACAUUGAAGCAAAGGCAAAAGCAAAGAAUGGCAGAACUCCCUUGCAUCUCGCAAGUCUCCAAGGCAAUGAGCUUAUCGUCAAGACAUUGCUUCAAGCGAAGGCCUCUAUAGAUGCCACAGAUGACUCGAAACUGACUCCACUACAUCUUGCUAGUGGUGCGAAAUCAGAGGAUAGAUGUGACUCAGAACACGACCCGGUUUUACCGGGACCAAGCGGUGAGAAUGACACAGAUUGGGAGAAACGGAAUGCAGAAGCCAUGUCUGGACGACAUUUAGCGGUCGUUGAGCUUUUGUUGAAGAAUAAGGCCAGCCCAUGCCUCAAAGCUGCGAAUGGGGACACCGCUCUACAUCGUGCUGCAGCAACCGGCGACAAGGAGAGAAUCGAUAUCCUGAUGAAGCACAUGAAAUUAGAGGAUUUUUCUUGGAAAAACUGGAAAGACAGCCCAGUCCAAUCAGCCCUUCGUGGUAGUGAUCCGCAAGCUGCCAUGGAAGCGUUGUUAGGUGAAGAAAAGGUCAAGACAGCGGCCUUUUGGAAAGAUGGUGGACGGAUUAAUGUCAUCAAAGAGGCUAUGAAAGCAUCUGAACCCCAACACAUAGUUGGUCAGAUAUUCUGUCAGAUAGCAGCAAAUGAUGACACUGCUCCUGAAGGAUCCAACAACUGGAGCCCGAUCCGAUGGGCAGCACACGAAAGGCUUCCCGAUGUAUUGUCUCAACUAAUCGACGAGUCCGGUCCUUCUGGAGACGUGGGUAAGAUGGUACAUGAAGCCCUACAGGAGACUUCCAAGUCGAUAACACUGAAGGAACUUGAGUCCGAGCCGUCGUGCGAAAAGCUUGUACAGGUUUUGUGGAUUCUCAUCACGACUUCAGAGCGAGUGCCUCUGAACACCCAAGCAAUCAGAGACGCCUCGCGUUUUGUACGAGAAAAGACUUCUCCUUCGAAGCCGGUGGACAUGGAGGUAUUGAGGAGCCUCUCUGCCCUGUUAAGGGUGAGAUUGUCGAAACUUGACGAUCUCAAAGCUCCAAAUGACUCGAUUCUCCGAAACAAAAAGUUUAGUUUGAAUAAGGACGCCAUGUAUUGGUCUAAGCAGGGAAUGUACGAUGGUGUACUUUCGGAAACAAAAGCGCUGGAAACACGUUUUGCGAAAUAUGCAGAGUUUUCGGACACAUUGCAAACUAUGGAAAGUCAUUUGUCGAAAUAUGCAGAGUACUACUCCAGGGAGAAACUCAAAAGCAUUACCAUGUUGAGUACAUUGCAAGAUAUCCUCAAGGACCCCCCUUUUGCACAAAUAUCUCAAACACAUAGGGACGAAGUGGACUAUAAACCCCCUGUACCUGAAGCAAGUCAUGAAAAGGUAGUUCAACAGGCUGAAGCCACUGUUGUCGGGUUCUUCAAGCGAGAGGGCGAAUCCGGAAGAAUACGACGAAAUCGACCAAUACAGGAGGUUGUCUACGAUCCAGGACCUACCAAUGUCGUUGGGGCUGCUAUCAGGAGUCUGAUUGACAUGACCAAGAGAGGAUCGAUGCGCUUCAAUAGCAAGCUCUACGCUAAGGAGAACCUCAAACUUACCUGGGUACAUCUACCGUCGACUAAUGACUUGCUCACAAGUAUCAUGUCAUACGAACAGUACCGUGCCCGCGAGCUUUACGAAGUCAGGUCCUUCUUUCGAGAUAGCUGGGUUGAAGUUCCCGAUAAAGAGUCACGUUUAAGAAUGAUGAGACCGCGAUCUGUGAUAAGACCGAUAGAAACCGCGCCUAAACUCAGGUCAGAUGAGGGUGCAACUUCUGAAUCACUCAAGGAUUAUGGCGAAGGAAAAGGAGAAGCACAUCGAGCAGAGUCGGGAGCAGGGGGGGAGGAUGCAGGAGACACACCAAAAUUCAAAGCCGCAGUCGCAGACUCAACAGUAGAUGAACAGAGAAUCUACAAGGACUGGGCCUCUAAACCACAUCUGCCUGAGAAAAAGCCGCAUCAAUUUGUACACGCAUCCGCUGUCUAUAUGCCCUACCUCAGUUACUCAACUCACUGCCGACAUUGGAAUAACGGGAAUCGAGAGCUGAAAGAAGCACAUGACCAUUAUGAGGAACUACAAGAGAAGUACAAAGACAAAGAUAAACCACAGCAUGGCUCACCCACCCUUGAUGAGUGGUACUAUCAAUUCGCACAGAGCGAUCCUGACGCAACGGAAGACCAGGAAAGUAGGAACGAGAAUCAGGUAGUGAGUAAGUAUCUGAAGCAGGUCAAGGAAGCAGAUGAUACUACUGAUAGCAGGGAUACUAUUGACCUGGAUGAGAAUCAGUGGACAGUAGUUCGUGUCAAUCAGCUCUGGAUUUGGACUAUUGCAAAGGAUUGGAUCAUUACUGCUACCUCAACACCAUUCGACAACAGCCCCGAUGUCCUUGUCGAAGACAUUCUCAAUCAGUUGAGCAAGCAAGCCGAAUACGGUGGCAGUCGCGCGCAGCCUGUAUCCGCUGCUGACCUAGUCCCUGUGAUUGUCGAUCAUUGCAUCGGCUCGUAUGAGAGGAGGCCUCUCGAUAAUCAGCGUAUAUCUAUUGGCCAAACAUUCUCUCAUUACAUCAACAGAAUUGAAACAAAUCUAUUUGAGGGCUUCCGCGUGUGGUCAUUAGACGAAAACCGAAGGAAGAACACAAACAACAAAGCUUACAGACGAUCUCCGGCUGAGAACCUGCUCCAGUAUGCUAAAGAUCGCAAAGUUGAAGAGGCCCCUUCAAGCAGCAGAGACGACACCGCGGGGACUAAGCAGACGAGCCUUCAGCCACACAGUCGGGACAUCAGUGCGCAGAUCGAGAAAGCGACGGAACUCUACUGCGAAAUUAAGGAUGUUCGUGAUGAAGUCAACAUUCUCAAGUCAGUGGCCCAGUUCCAGCAAAUUGUACAGAGGGGGCUUGCUGGCAAGGACGUGGACGAAUCACGGUUCUCUUCAACAUAUGUCGUAAAGGAUCUCAAAGAGCUUGAUUCCAUUGCAGAAAGGAUCCAGGGAGCGAUCAGCACCACGCUGUCACUACAACAAAGUGAUGUUGCGAACCGUCAAGCGACUGAAGCGACAAGGCAAGGCAAGACAGUGAUGACUUUCACUUUUGCCACAGUUCUAUUCCUUCCCUUAUCGUUUUUAUCAUCAUUGUUCGCUUUGGAUGUGGCGUCCUUCCAACAAGCUCCUGCUUGGGCUUUCUACGUGAUAUUCUUUGUCUCUAUCGGGAUCUCAGUCAUCCUAGGUUGCAGUGUCUUCUGGUGGGACAACAUCAAGCGCGCCAAGGACAUACUUCUUGACAUUCUAGAAAAUUCAUUCGAGAGCGCCAGCCGAACUUCAAGUCCACCGAAAUUGCCGGGAAAAGAAGGUACAGCGAGCAAAGACAGAGAGGGAAUUGACACAGCUGUCGAUAUUAGAUCAAAGAGCAAAGAUAGUGAGCCAGGGUUUAAGAAGCGUUUCAGAAGACAGAGGCGGGGAGGUGACGAAGAGACUGCUGAGAGUCAUGCUGUGACAUAG